AUGGAGAUGCGCCUCGUUCUCGUGGCGAUCUGCCUCCUUCUCGUUACCCCCAUCGCCGGCUCUUUCUGGACCGUUGGAAAUCAGGUGGUGAUGGAUCCGAUGCUCAUCUGCAAAAAGACCAGGAGACUGAAGGGCAAGAUGGCGGACAUCUGUCGCAAGGAGCCCUCGCUGCUCAAGGAAAUCGCGAGAGGCGUUCAGGUGGGGACGAAAGAGUGUCAGUACCAGUUUCGAAAUCGCAGAUGGAACUGCACCACCAUCAGGAGGUCUCUCAGGAAGAUCCUCUUACGCGAUACCAGGGAGACGGGUUUCGUGAACGCCAUCACCGCAGCGGGGGUAACCUACGCGGUGACCAGAGCCUGCACCAUGGGCCACCUGGUCGAGUGUUCGUGCGACAAGAUGACGUCGAAAGGUCAUCGGCUCGGGAAACUCACCCGGACCGUGGAAUCGGCCAAGAGCUUGCCAACGGAGGGUGACUGGGAAUGGGGUGGCUGCGGCGACAACGUGAAGUUCGGCUUCAAGAAGUCGCGGGACUUCAUGGACGCUCCGUACCGGAAACGCAGCGAUAUCAAGACGCUGGUGAAGCUGCACAACAACAACGCCGGUCGUCUGGCCAUCAGGGACUUUAUGAGCACGGAGUGCAAGUGUCACGGCCUGUCGGGAUCGUGCACCGUGCGAACCUGCUGGCGGAAAAUGCCGCCGUUCCGCGACGUGGGGAACCGGCUGAAAGAGUCGUUCGACGGCGCGGCCAAGGUGAUACCGAGCAACGACGGGCACAGCUUCAUCACCGAGGGUCCGACCAUCAAACCGCCGGACAGAUUCGAUCUGAUUUACAGCGAGGACUCGCCGGACUUCUGCAAGCCGAACAGAAAAACGGGCUCGCUGGGCACGCAGGGACGCCGGUGCAACUCCACCAGUCAGGGAGUGGACGGAUGCGAGCUUCUGUGCUGCGGCAGGGGCUACGACACCAGGGUCGUGAAGGAGAAGAUCAGCUGCGAAUGUAGGUUCCGCUGGUGCUGCGAGGUAACUUGCAACACCUGUCUGGAUAAGAAAACGAUCAACACGUGUCGUUAA